UGAGUCAGGAGAACUAAAGCCACAGGCUGCUCUGUGCUGCGAUGACACACGUCUCUUCUGAACAUCCAAGCGAGGUUUGAGCUUGGGAAGUGAACAUUUUAAUAUGGAUUCAUUUAUAAGGAAAAUGGAUACAGUGUGCCCCUCAGAUUGUGACAGGGCCUCGGAGAUUUCCUUCUGCCUUGAGGAUGAGGUGCCUGUUGAAACUGUUCUGAAUGCCGAGGAAACAGAGGAGCUGACACAGAGUUUAAAGGAAAUUGUAGAAACAGAAGAAGUGAAACCAAAGCUACAAUGCCUUAUGUCAAACCCUUCAUUUUCUAUGGUGACAGUGCAGUGCGAAGACAGUGGGAUUCACUGGGAGACCAGCUCAAGUCGAUGUUCCACACCCUGGGCUUCAGAAGCCAGCACAACUUCAGAUGUGUUCAGUUUGGAAAGUUCCUCAGCAAGUUCUCUUCCAGGGAAGGUUAUUUUUAUCAUGGAUGAUGGCAAACUACGUCAUAAAAAAGUUAGAGGUCUAUCAUCAUCAGAGCUUUCAAGGCAUUCUUCACGUCUCAAGAGAAAUGUGGACCAUCAAAAGCAAAAAUCUGGUGAAAACAUGGAUGAAACAUUUAAACAAGCCCUGGAAAAAGCCAAGGGACACUCAUUUUCACAGAGGGGAAGAACAGCAAUUGGAAGCUGUCAAGAAGGUCCUCAAGAAUUGAGAGCAAAUUCUCUGCUUCAUUCAAAAUCUAUCAUAAAUUCAGAAACUGCUCCAAGAAUAGAAAAAACAGAAUCCGAAAAAGCAGAAACAUUAAACAGGAUGCCUAAACAAGUUGCAGUACCAUCCAUAUGUGUGAAUUCAGAUAUAGAGAGUACAAAAUUAUUUAAUUUUCCUGCUACAAAUGAUAUAGACUCUCCAAACAAUCUUGAGCAAAAUGGAUUUUCAAAUUUAGGACAGACAAAUUCACUUAAUAAUGCACAUGUGGAAAAAGUGGUAGAGAAUUCUGUACUAGCAAAAGAGCAAGAGACACUUGCUUUAUUAGAGACUGAACAAUCAAACCCAGAUUUGUCCAAUCAAAUAGAAUUUCAACCCAAUAUCCCCCAAACAACUAAUACAAUACCAGAAAAAAUUGACAAUUUAUUGACUGAGACAUUAGUUAAAGAACACAUUGAAAUAUAUAAUUCAAACAUAGAAAAAACAGCUGACCAGCCAGUAUUAUAUUAUACCCAAAAUGAGCCAAAAUCACCUAGACCAAUGCUUGACAAAGUUAAAUCUGAUUCUUUUCCAGAAAAGGAAUCACAAAAAAUAGAACAGGCUGAGUCACAAGCAAAUGAUACUAUAAAACAAUCAAAUAUGCAAACUAUUAACGAAAUAAAUGAAAGCAUACUACAAUCUCCAGUGGUUAAUAUAGAAGAGAUUAAAAGAAAUACAGGUAAUAGUGUUAUUGACAAAUCUAAUAUUAAAGAAGUAUUAAGCGAGGAACAGUUGGAUCAAGAAAAACCUCAAGCAGAUAUUGUACCUAGGGAAAUGGAUUCAGCAAAAACAUUUACCUAUUUUUCAGAAAACCAAACUUAUCUUCCUGAUGAAAGAAACCAUGAUGUGGAAACGGGUUUAAGACAUACUGACACCCAUUAUGGCACAAAAGAUCCUCCUGACAAUGAAUCAAAUGUAAUCAGCCCUGUUUCUGAUGGUUCUGAAAUUAUUAAUAUUGUUGCUCCUCAAUAUAUAUCUGCAGUUAAUAAAGAUGCAAAAAGUCAAAAUCAAGAUAAGUUAGAAUCUCUGAAUGCAAAGGAGACCCCUGAAGAAAACAGUACAGAUAUAAACAAUAUUCCUACGUUUAAUAUAAAGGGAGAAGCAAAACCAUUAGAUGAAAAUAUGAGUGAAAAUCAAUUUAUGAAGAAAGUAGAUUUAGAGAAUGUCAUACUAGUAAAUCCAAGUAAAAAUACCACAGAUAUUGAUUACUUUGAAAAAUUUACUUUAAUUGAUGACAAAGUACCUAUUGAGCCUAAAUUUAAAGCAUCAAAUGAAGGGCAAAAAUUCCCUGAUGCCAAUGGGAUACAAUGUGAAGACCAUAAGGUCGCUGUGGAGGAGGUGGAUUAUUUAUUAGAAAAUGUUGAUGAAUCUUUCUAUGGAAUAAGCAGUGAAGAGUGGCUAAUUACUUCACAGGAUAAUUCAUUUGGUAUUGAAGAAUCAAGUAAACAUAUUGAAGGAGAAGCAAGAGUACAAGAUAAUGAUCUGAAAGCUAUAGGAAUUUCAUUGUUUAAUGAAGAAGAAGGGGUAUUGGCAAAGUCUUACUUUUUUCCCGCUUCUUAUAAAAUGUUAAAUCCAGAGCUAUUAGAAGAGCCACCUGCCUUAGCUUUUCUUUACACUGAUCUUUAUGAGCAAGCCAAAGGAAAAACAAAAACAGAUGAAAAUCGUCAGUCUGAUGAGGAAAGUACAAGUUCUGCAAAGUCAUUUCACAGCAGAAUUUCUGAUGACGAUGGAACUGGAAUCUAUUUUGAAAAAUACAAUUUAAAAGAUGAAAUUCCAUUUAAUGAAGCAAAAAGUACAGACCGGUCAUCAUACGUUGGUAGGAAAGAGGUUUCAUCUGAAACUGAAGACUUGCUAUCUAAAAAUAAAAUAUUAUCAUACAUUGAUGGCUGCAGUUCUGAACCUUUGGGUUUAAGAAAAAUGCAGAUAGAAAGAGAAGGGGAUAGUAAUCAUAUUGUUAAACAAAGGGUUAUAGAAGAGGAAAAAGUGGAAAGUUUUGAAGUUUUAUUACCAUGUGAUGAAAAGGAAAAAGUCAUAGUUGGUCAAGAUCAAAUUUCUGAUAAGUUACAAGUGCCUGAUUUGAAUGUAACAAGCUGUAAAUCUGAAAUUGAGAGAGACCAAGAAAAUGAGCAGAUCAAUCAGAAAGAGUCAACACCUAAGGAGUCUGAAAAGGUGACUGAUCUUAUAAAGUCAAGUGCAGAACAUUCAGAAACUCAGAUUAAAUCAAUAUUGAAAGAUAAACAGAUAGAUGAAAAGGAACUUGCUCUAUCAUUAGAUUAUGUAGUUAUUAGUGAAGACGAUCUACAAGGUGCUAUCUCACAUGAGGAAAUUGCUAUUGAAGACCAGGAAUCCUUGGAGCAUGACAGUGAUGGGGGAUUUGAUUUAUUUAUAGAAGCAGAACAAGAGGCCUUACAAGACCAUGAAGAAUCUGGGUUUGAGAUCAUAGAACAUUUAAAAUCACCAAGUGAAUUAUCAGAAACAUCAGAAACAGAAGAGAAGAAACAACAGAUAGACACUUAUUGUUAUACCUGCAAAAUACCUAUAGUGGCCAUCGAUAAAAUAUUUGGCGACCACAAGAAUCAUGAUGUUACUACCUUAGACAAUGCAGUUAACGAGAUGAGGGACAACCUGGAGGAUCUCCUAGAGAAACUGCAAGAGAGAUCACUGAAAACUGAAGAUUUUGUCAGCAGAGUAGAAUCACUGUUUAACGAGGUUGAAAAAAACUGUACAGAGGCCGAAAAGCGUUUGUUGGAUCAGAAUGAGAAGAUGGCAGAGAAAGUACUUGCUCACCAUAAUGCUAAGAAAGAGGGGUUUGAGGAAGUGAAAAAGAUGAAGAUGGAUUACCUGUAUGAUCAGAUGGUGAGCUUCCAGCAGAAAGUGGACUCAGCCAAGGAAAUUUUGGAGAUGGCUGUGAAGGAGAUGGAAGAGCAGAAUCCUGCUGCUUUUCUAAGUUCUCAUGGUGAAAUCAAUAACAGACUGCUUUCAGCAAUGGAAGGCUCGUUGUCUCUACAGAAGAUGCCAAGUGCCUUCUCGCUUUUUGAACAAUAUGCUGGAAGCUCUUCUAAAGGAGAUCAGAAUAUGCAAAAACAUAUACCAGUUCCUCACACGCCAAAAUUAAAGCGGCAGGAGCCUAAUUCAGCUACAGGCAAUUCAAUUGCUGUUUACUGGACUAUGAAUGAGGAAGAUAUUAUUGACUGUUUUCAGAUCUAUUGCAUGGAGGAACCUCAAGGAAAACGUGAUGAAAAUGAGCUGUUGGAAGAAUACAGAGUUACCGUGAAGGAGAGCUUUUGCAUUUUAGAAGACCUUGAGCCAGACAAAUGCUAUAGUGUCUGGGUUAUGGCUGUAAAUUCUACAGGGUGCAGCUUACCCACUGACAAGUCUGCAUUCAGAACAGCCCCAUCAACUCCUGUAAUUAAAGCAGAGGAGUGCACAGUAUGCUGGAAUACUGCGAUCAUCCGAUGGAACAGCGAACACCCCAAAUCCACAGAGUCAUUUACAUUGGAAUGGUGCAGACAGUACCCAUCUGAAGGGGAAGGGCUCAGGUCGGUCUCUGGAAUCAAAGAUCAGCAGCUGAAGGUUACAUUGCUACCAAAUGAGAAUUAUUUCUUCUAUGUGAGAGCUGCUAAUACCUUUGGCACAAGCGAACAGAGUGAAGCUGCCCUUAUUUCAACCAAAGGUACUAGAUUUCACUUGUUGAGAGAUACAGCACAUCCAGCUAUGGAAAUCUCAUCUGAUGGAAACAUAAUUAAAAUUGCAGAACAUACAGAGAUUACUGGGAUCCCUCUUGUGCUAGGCGAGCUGCUACCUGCCUGUGGUCAGCAUUACUGGGAGAUGAUGGUUAAUGAAUCUAAAGCUUUCAGCAUUGGGGCAACAUUUCAGCCGUCCCUAGAAGAGCAGCCUUUUGUGCAGGACUCUACAUCAUGGUGCAUGCAGUGUUGUUGCACCCCAUCCAGUUUUUCAUAUAAAUUUCUCCACAAUGAAGUUUUGUGUGAAGUACUCUUGGCCGAGCCCCUUGUUCAAGUAGGAAUUCUUCUGGAUUAUAAAUCAGGAAGGCUUUCUUUCUUCAACGCACAGAAACGACACUUGUUGUUCGCCUUCAGACACAAGUUUACAGAAGCAGCCCAUCCAACAAUUGCUUUAGAGGCGUCCGGACAGCUUUACCUGCACACUGGGAUAGAACUGCCACAGUUUGCCAAACGCAGCUAACAUUCUUGUUCCCAGUUGGUUGUUUGUUGCUUUCUGAAAAAGCCAUAAAUUAUGUGUUUACUACUUUACCAGAUUACACUGUGUAGAAAAAGAAUAGCAAUAUACAAGAACUGCAUUGAAGUGUUUUUGUUAUAAUGGCUUCUUUGACAUUUUCUUUGGUUUUAUUUUUUUAAGUACUGUUUUUUUUCUUAAGAUUAAAGGGAUAUUAAACAUUAUGUGAUUGUAAUAUAAAAUGUUGAAUUAUGUGUAGUUAAAAAACUUUGCAAUAAACUUUCAUUAUUUAAUUUGUCCCCUUUUCUUGUAAUUAAACUCUGAAAAUUGUUGAUUUUCUAAAUUCCACUGACUUUCUAUAAAGUAAUGGGGGCUGUCAUGUUUUAGCUUACAUUUCCCGUUAUUUAUAUUUCCCGCUGAGGACAAAUAGGGACAUACAGUAUAUAAACAGGCAAUAAAAAAGACUGUCCAAACAAGGCUGUGUGGGACAUAGGAUUAUCUAAAAGGUUUCCACACAGCCUUGUUUCUACAAACAGAGAUAAAUAGAAUACUAGUUCAAACAUGGGGUCACCCAUUACUUUAUAGAAAUUACUUCUAUUAAAGCUAAACGUUUACAAUUAUAUUUUCAAUAUUUAAACAAUUAACAUAAUUGUAAAAAAAUAUACAUAUUUUCAGGCUAAUCUUUGCUUUGAAUACAUCAUUGUAUCUAGCAUGUAUUUACUGUUUAAUAUCCCUUUAAGGAUAAGUAAGUAAUUGUUCUAAGAAUGAAAGAUAAAGCGAAUCAGGUAAUGAAGAAUCAUAAUUUUCUGUUUUGGAUCCUUGACUUUGAAUCUGCCUCAAGAUAAUUCUGUGUUUGUGUUUUUUUUUUUCUUGAUGCAACUCAUUAAUAGUACAGAUCAAUAAUGCCUGAACAAAAUUCUUUGAAGAAUGCAGAUUAAUGUAAUUAAAUGUCUUAACAGAACCUUCUUUCCAUCAGAACUUUAAAUUCUCCUUGUGGCUUUUAAAAUGAGAUCAUUAGCUUAUGUCAAGGUUAUACAGUUUCCUGUACUAAUGGGAGAAAAAAAAACUUUAUUAAACUUUCAUGUUGUCAUAAAA